AUGAGUGACAGCGGCGAGGAAUAUCACAACAGCGACGAAGAAUACGACUCUGUUUAUGCAAACAAUGCCAUACUAGACAUAGCAAAUGUUUCGCUGUGUUUACAGACAGAAACUCUGACCAGUUUACUUGAAUAUGACGAGAAAAAAACUGAAAAGGAAGAUGGAUGUAGAUGGUACCACGGAAAGAUAUCACGCGAAGCAGCAGAGAGUCUACUGAAGGAAGGAUUAGGUCACCUCGGAAGUGUUGAUGGACUUUUCUUAGUUCGUGACAGCACCAGUUGUAAAGAUGACUUUGUGCUCAGUGUUACCCACAAUGCACGUGUCUACCAAUUCCAGCUGAAGGAAGUUUAUGAUGGUCACUAUCGUCUUGAUGAUGGACCAAUAUUUGCAGGACUUGUGAAAUUAAUUCAGUAUUACCACACUGCGAAUAAAACAGGACUUGUGACGACCUUAACCCAGCACUGCCAGGGAUCAGCUCCUCCACCUAAAGCACGCGCUAAGGGCCCUACCAAUAUCCUUCAUAGAGCCGUCAUUGAGGGAGAUAUCCAAAUUGUCAAGGACAUUUUAAACCAUAGUCUUUGUCCAGAUAUUGAUGCAAAAAAUGAAUGGGGUACAACGGCAUUACAUGAUGCGUGUAAAUACGGAGCCAUAGAAAUUGUUCACCUGCUGAUUGAACACAAUGCAGAUGUAGAAAUGAAAGAUAGAGCGGGGUUAACUCCCCUUCAUCGAGCAUGUGCAGCCAACCGUGAUGAGAUGAUUCCAAUAUUGGUGGAAGAAGGUGGCGCUAAGGUGCAGUCCUCUGCCCCAAAAACUUCCUGGGUUCCUAUGCAUGACGCGGCAAUGCGCGGAAAUGUUAGAUGCAUCAAGGCUUUAUUGAAGCUGCAUGCCCCGCUGAUGCCACGUGCAGAAGACGAGCAGACACCACUGGAUCUAGCCAUCAAGUAUAACCGGGAAGAUUGUAUACGCCUCCUCAGUGCAGAAGACCGACGACCUAUUUAUACCAAACAGGAGGAUUGGCUUCACCCUGAUCUCGACAGACAGCAAGCAUGUCAACUUCUUGAUUCCUACCACAAAACAGACGGCUUGUUUCUCGUACGGAAAAGUCGGAGAAAUGUCAAUUUUCAUGUAAUAACAUUCUGCUUUAAGAAAAAUUACUACAACUUUGAAGUCAAGGUCAAGGAUUAUAAAAACAAGCUUGUCCAUUACAUUGAUAAUGGACCAUUCUUUCCAUCUCUGGAACGUUUGAUUGAUCAUUACACGCACCAAGCUGAUGGACUGACAACCAAACUAACAGUUUCUAUUCGCCCAGGUCAAGGAGAACUGGUAUAUGUACGUACUGACAACAAGUCACAAGAUCGGGCCCCUCAAGGAGCCAUUCCGAAACCGAAUUUACCCCCGAGGGACGAGCCAGAAUUACCAGAAGAUCCAUAUGCUGAGCCCAUGACCAUCAAUGAUCCCCCUCAACUUCCACCAAGUCGUUCAACUGCGCCACAAAUUGCAAAAGCGGCUUUAAGUGAUAUGAGGCAACAGAGCACAGAAGAAUUCAGGAAGAUCAUUGACCCCAAGGAAAUUGUCCUCGGCCAAGAACUUGGUGAAGGAGAGUAUGGUGCUGUAAAAAAGGGCAAAUAUUCAUACAAAGAUGGCUUUUUUUCUAAAGUUAAGGUCGAUGUAGCAGUUAAAACAUUCCACCAGAUUGACCCAGAAGUAGGGGUCAAUGAGGGAAUAUUAAGGGAGGCAACUCUUAUGCAGAACCUUGACCAUGUGUGUAUUGUGAAGUUGUAUGGUAUCUGUGAAAAUCCGUUUAUGUUGGUAGAAGAGUUUAUUGCGCAUGGUGCUCUCUGUGAUUACCUAGAGAAGUACAGAGGUACUGGUAAGAUAAAAAUGGACCCCACCCUAUUUCUGUGGGCAUCACAGAUUGCAGAUGGAAUGCAUUAUCUGGAACAGAAAAAUAUCGUCCAUCGUGAUCUUGCUGCACGAAACAUUCUGGUCGAUUCGAAAACCCAGGUGAAAAUCAGCGAUUUUGGUUUGUCCCGAGCUUACGAAGAGGGACAAUACUACAAAGCAUCCAAAGGAGGCAGAUGGCCAAUAAAAUGGUAUGCACCAGAGUGUGUUAACUACGGGAAGUUCACUCAUCACACAGAUGUCUGGAGCUAUGGUGUGACACUGUGGGAGAUGUUUUCAUUUGGGGACCAGCCCUAUGGUGACAAGAAAGGCAUUGAGGUGAUUCAGUUUGUGGAGGCUGGUGGACGUUUGGGGCGUCCACAAGAUUGUCCCGAAAAAGUCUAUACGAAGAUGAAACAGUGUUGGGAAAAAGAACCGAAAAGCAGACCAACAUUUUCUGAGUUAAAACACCAUUUUGAUACAGAUCCACUUUAUGGCGAAGCCAUCAAAUACGGAAAGAAAAAGAGCUAA